CAACCAACCCUGCUCGCUGUCCCCGCCUCGCGGAGACACCGAGAGGACUUCAGAACGCGCAGCGGGCCCACUUCCUCUCAAGAAAGAGCCGCCAAGACCCGGUUCGGGUUGCUCGAUCCAGAAGGAUUCAGGACACCGUCGCACGCUCAAGAAGUUCAGGGAUCAUGUGUUGGAGCAGCACAAGAACCACCCUCGUGUUGGUGUCCCUAAUGUGCAUGUACAUGAACGGGUUCAACCUCACAUCCAGGCUGUUCGGCUUCUAUGAUAUACUUCGGCGGUAUAAGGCAGCCGAAGUUCUUCCCGACGUCACCGAUCUGUCGAAAUGGGUGAAUGGCCGGAGGAACUCGAAUGGAAUCACCAUGGGCCUGGCGGGCGUGAGCCUCUUCUUCGACGUCGUGCUCCUGACUGGAGCGCUGAAGUACAACGUCCCGAUGAUCGAGAUUGCCGGACUGUGGGGAGCAAUCGACUGCGUCGCAGACGCGGUUAUUGGCUUCCUGUCGGCCAACUACACGAUGCCUGCAUUGUACAGCGAAAAUGGGCAGAGACAACUGAAAAGCGAGGAAACUCAGCGGCGUGAGCGUCAAACGGCAUUCGCAAGACAAUUUUUCCAUUUUUCCUGGGUUCUAGGGCGACUCGGAGCGAAGAGUCAAAUAUUGUGCUCCCUCUUCGAAUACGUGCAUUACCUGAACAAGAAAGACGCUGUGAUCAGAGGCCUGCUGGUGACGAGCUACGCCGCAACGCCGCACCUCGGUUACUGACCUCGCCGUUCGCCGCAAUGCUUGGCUCCCUUCGGCGUUUCCAAAUUCGAUGACCCAGCCAUUUGCCUCGAAGGAACCGCGACAUGCGCGGAGCAUAAAUUCUCUCCCUUGCGGCGUUAUUUAUUUUACUCCGAAAUCGCCCCCGGCGCUCCCGCGAAAUUUUAGUUCUGAUGUACGGUAAAUUUAUCAACCUUGCUUUACCCGAGAAAAUAUU